AGGAAAAAUAGAAGGGGCAUGAAUGAAAUGAAAUGAAAGAGAAGAACGCAAACGACAAUACAAACAGAGAGAAAACCAAGAGAAGAGCUGGUAGAAACCCUAGCCUUGUAUUCUCCGUCUCCCUCCUGAAACCCCAAUCUUCUCUCCAUGUUUGCAUCUCUUUCUCUUCAAAUCUAGAGUUUCUUCUAUUCGAUCUUUGCUCUGAUUCAAUAUCUUCAAAAUCUACACCUUCCGAUCCAAAAAAACCAAUCGAUUUCGAACAUCGAUCGAGCGAGAUCUAGGGUUUCUCUGUCUCGCAUCCGAGAUAUGUUUGAUGAAAAGGUUUGAGAAUCUUGUGUUUUCCGUGAACUUCUGAGGUGAUAAACGAGGACAUGUAUAGAGAACGAGGCGGUGGAUCGUCGAAAUCGGAGAUCGUGGGGGGUCCGCUCGAUCGAAAGCGGAUCAACGAUGCGCUAGACAAGCACCUAGAGAAGUCGUCCCCUUCGACAUCCAAGGGCCUGAGCAGCAAGGACAAAGAGAGGUUGUCGGUGCCGUCGACAUCAGCCGGAAAAUCGCAGCUCGACCACCGCGACACUCGCGCCGCGUCUCUCCCUAAGAACAAGUGCUCUGAUGAGGAAUCUGAAACUGACAGUGAAGAGUCAGAUGUCAGUGGUUCUGAUGGAGAUGACACAUCUUGGAUCUCAUGGUUCUGCAAUUUGAGAGGAAAUGAAUUUUUCUGCGAAGUUGAUGAUGAAUAUAUCCAAGAUGAUUUUAAUCUUUGUGGGUUAAGCAGUCAAGUUCCAUAUUACGAUUAUGCUCUUGACCUAAUUUUGGACGUUGAGUCCUCUCAUGGUGAUAUGUUCACUGAAGAGCAGAAUGAAUUGGUUGAAUCUGCUGCAGAGAUGCUGUACGGUCUUAUUCAUGUCCGGUACAUUCUUACCAGCAAGGGAAUGUCUGCAAUGGUAGGAUUUUGUGACAAAUUGUUUAUAUUGUUACUUACUGAUUUUUUUGCUAUAUGUUUUGUUCAUUUGACUAACAAGAAAAUCUCUGCAACAGUAGGAUUUUGCAAGAAAUUCUCUUUGGUCAUUCUUUUUGGUGGUUGUCUUUUUCAUAUUGUCUUGGUCAAUUUUUUGUGCUGGAAACCUCUGCAGUUAGAGAAGUACAAGAGCUAUGACUUUGGGAGAUGCCCAAGAGUUUACUGCUGUGGACAGCCCUGUCUUCCAGUUGGUCAAUCAGACAUUCCUCGUUCAAGUACUGUAAAGAUUUACUGUCCCAAAUGUGAAGAUAUAUAUUACCCUCGAUCCAAGUACCAAGGCAGUAUCCUUAUAUUACACAAAUAUUUAUCAACUUUUAUUUCAUUCAUCUAGUUAAACACUGCAUUCUCAUUGUUCAGUUUUUCUACUUACUAUUCUUAUUGAGAUUGUAGGGAGGAAUUUUUGUUCCUGAUGAUACUGCAACAUUGUCUGAUGUUUCCAUUAUUUAUAGGACUUUCUAAAUGACAGAUCAUGAACAAAUUAGGUACUAAAAAGCAUGCACCCAAGCAUUGAUAAAUUCCUGGUCCCUGGUACUUGUGAAGUAUACAAGAUCCAUGACACCUGUAUAAGAUGGGGGAAACCAAGAAAGAUACUGGAUGACAGAACCUUAGAGCUUAACCAGGCAUCGAUAAAUUCCAAGAUCUUGAAUCUGCGUUAUGAUCUAUUGUCCAAACAUAAAGGUGUUACAAUGACAUUUCCUGGAGCAUUCCACAGCAUUCAAUUUUUUUUCCUCUAAACUCUUUACCCAAUCCCUGAGCAACACUUGAAGGGAUUUCUCUCCAUGCCACCUCCUCAAACUCUACAUGCCAAUUACAUGUCAUCUUGGCUCAUUGUUUUUAGAACUAUCCAAGACUCUUAAUAUAAACUCAAAAAUAUUGAUUAGCAACAAAUGAUUAGCAAUAUCCCCAUCCCUUCUGCACAUGCAGCACCAAUUUGGAGUAAUCUUUCUUCUCCUCACCACCAAUCAAUAGUUAAAAUUUUUGUCAUUGAUGUCCACACAUUGAUGCUACCUACGCAUGACCAUAGAAUCGCAAACACCUUAGGCUUCGGCAAUCCAUUCUGCAUUAUUUAUGUUAGCAUGCAUGAAAUGCUGGACACAUGUGCCCUUUUGAAUCUCAGUUUACUGUUUUUUAACUUUGCCUAGACAUAGCAUAUGUGUUUAUAGUUUUUUCUUCAGCUUGUUAUGUUAUUCUUUAUGCUGUUCCUCAAUUAUUGAUCAUGUCCUUAUAUAUUGAAAUCAAAUAACAGUUUAACAUAGGAAACUUUUGACUUCAAACCCUGGCUAUUUACCAAUAGCCAGGGGCCCAUGCUCAUCUUCUACUGUGCGAUAUUGGUUUUAAAUUUGCUUUCUUUGUGGUGUUUUGAUUCAAUAUUUCCCUAACAUUACCAAGAUAUUGAUGGAGCUUACUUUGGAACCACAUUUCCUCAUCUAUUUCUGAUGACAUAUGGUCACCUGAAGCCACAGAAGGCAGCGCAGAGCUACGUCCCAAGAGUAUUUGGCUUCAAGAUCCACAAGCCAUGAUGCUGGAGCUGUACGAUGCAUUCUGUGUUGAGAUCUCCCAUUCCCUAUCCAUCAGUGGUGGUCCCCUUCUUCCGGCUGCUGAAAUACAAGUGGUUCUAACUCUCCUGGUAAAGGUGCAGUAGUUUCAAAAGUGUUACAAAAUUAAUUCAUCAGUGAAAAUGUCUAAAAUGCAAGGUGGUGUAUCUGUUGAGCAUAUGCAGCUUUCAAAUUUAUUCAUGAAUUUAACAGAGCCUUUGUAAACUUAUUUUCUUAUCUCCUAUUUCCCUUUUUUUCUUUUUCUUCUUUUUGGUGGGUUAACAUUUGUUUGAAGUGCUUUGCACUGUAGUUCUUGAUUUUGUCUCCCCUUUCUUUUAUCAUUGAGAGCACAUAACAAUAUUAAGUCAUCACUUGAAGACAGCUCCAUAAAUUCCAACAGGGUACCCAUGUCUGUUAGAUUCAAA